CAACCUCCAUGUCCCGUUGAAGGAAUUGAUCUCGCAGUUUUUGUUGAAUCAGCUCCUAAUAAUUUCAAAAAACGUCAAGUUAUUCGACGAACGUGGGCAAAUCAAACAGAAAAUGGCAAAUUUGGUCGAUUUCGAGUGUAUUUCACUCUUGGAACAGUUAAAUCGAAGCAGAAACAAGACGAAAUCAUCUCCGAAAAUGAAAAAUAUCACGACAUAAUUCAAGGAUCCUUUGUCGAUGAUUAUCGAAAUCUCACUUAUAAGCACGUUAUGAGUCUAAAAUGGGCAAAAUAUUUCUGUGGAAGUGCAAAAGUCGUUUUAAAAACUGAUGACGAUAAUUUCGUUUACGGGCGUUUGUUUCAUGAGAAUCCGAUCGGACGAAGUUCAAAGGAUAGACAUCGAGUGACAGAAGAAGAGCUUCAAGGCAAAUUUUAUCCAGAUUACAUCGGAGGUUUCGCGAUAUUUUAUGCCCAAUCGACAGUUGGAAAGAUUUACGAAGUUGCGAACAUUUUGCCGUUUUUGUGGAUUGAAGAUGCCUUUGUUAGCGGAGUAGCGAGAGAAAAAACGGGAAUCAAUGCAACAGAUGGAGGAGUUUUGGUAUAUGGAAGAGGCGUAAAACAAUUGAAGGAAUUUGUGAAUGCAACUAAAAUUGAACAUCAAAAUGUUUUUGUGGCGUGUUAUGAUUUUUACAUUCUUAACGAAGGCGACGACGUAUGGAAAGGCAUUAAAAAAUUUAAUGAAUUAUCAAAUAUUUCGUAA